AUGAAUAAAGGUACUGAGCAACAGCAGCAGUCGAAUAUACUAUCGGAUCUGAGAGAUCAAGAUAAUGAUGAAAAUUUGAAUCCACCGGGUUCGCAAGAUAAUGAAUCUUAUAUUAGUAACAAUUCAUUUGAUGAUUUAUUAUCAGAUAUUCCCGAUGUUAGCCAUAUGGGAAGAUAUGAACGAACACGGAGAUUUUUACAAGAGUCUGUAUAUGAUGCGUACAUCUUGCCGAAUGUAGGGAUCUCACUUUUGAUAAUGUCCCAACUAUUUAAUUCUAUAAUGAUCACUACAUGCAAGUUGUUGAUUACGGAUAAAGGAUUUGAAACACCCAUACAUCCGUUGCAGAUAUUGUUUGCAAGGAUGAGUAUUACUUAUAUUUGUUGUGUGGCGUAUAUGUAUAUAACAAAAUGUGUUCCGGAUGCACCAUUUGGACCCAAGAAAUUGCGGAAUUUGUUAUUUAUGAGAGGUGCUUUUGGAUUUUUCGGGGUGUUUGGUCUUUAUUUCUCAUUACAAUAUCUUAGUUUAUCAGAUGCGGUGGCAAUAACGUUUAUUGUACCUAUGGUUACUGCAUUUUUAGCAUGGGUUAUCCUACACGAGCGAUAUUCAUUAAUAGAAGCUAUUUGUGGGAUCGUUUCUUUAGGUGGUGUUAUUUUGAUUGCAAAGCCAAACUUCAUAUUUGGCGAUUCAGAACUCUCUGGAGAUGACUCUAUAGAGUCGUCAUCUACAGAAAAACGAUUACUUGCUUCGGGUGUUGGAUUAGUAGGGGUUUUAGGUGCAUCUUCGGUUUAUAUAAUUUUAAGAAAAAUAGGGCACAAUGCCCAUCCGUUGCUUUCAGUAAGUUACUUUGCAUUGACGUGUGUUAUCAUUUCCUUUGUCUCUUUGAUCUCAUUACCGUCAUUAUCUUUUGCAGUACCCCAGAACGGCUAUCAAUGGUUUCUCUUCUUUUUGAUUGGAAUAUUCGGUUUUUUGAUGCAAUUUUCCUUAACUGCCGGUGUUCAAAGAGUUAAGGCUGGUAGGGCUGCAUUGAUGAGUUAUACUAACAUGGUUUUUGCAAUUAUCUGGGACUUGAUAUUCUGGGGACAUCUCCCAGGUUUAUUAAGUAUUCUAGGCAUCAUCAUUAUUAUUGGAAAUGCAUUUAUCGUAGUAAAAUACAAACCUAACGAUAAUACAAGUCCCGAUAUUGAGCAAAAUGCUGGAAAUAAUGAUAAAUAUUCGAUUGGCAGUAGGGAUGAUAUUUCUUUACAGGAUUUUAUUAUUUCAGACGAUGAUGCUGAUAAAGACUCGUCUCCUCGUGGAACUCAAGGAUCGUCCCUGUGA